AUGGUGUCUCCGGCUGGUGAUGGUCAUCGAUGGUUUUUUUUCUGUUUUCUGUUUGCCUGCUUUCGUAAAAGUCCUGUCGCUGCCUUGGUGAUGAAAUGUGACUGCGGUGACACUUCUACCCGCCCCUGCUUUGCUUUUCUCCUGCUUUGCUUUUCUCCUGCAGUGCUGGGCAGCAAGGAAGGCUCCCUGAGGGCACCCCCCGCCUCCACCCGCGCGCGCGCGUCGUCUGUCGUCAUGUCCUCCGGGACAAUCACGCUGUUUCAGGGCAAAUUCAGGCUUGACCGUCUCCUGGGCAAAGGUGGCUUCGGUGAGGUGUACGCCGGGGUGCAGGUCUCCACCGGCGAGCCGAUCGCGGUGAAGCUGGAGCGGAACCGGGGACGCUGCUUCCUCUUUCACGAGGCGCGCGUGAUGCAGGACAUACAGAAUUCUGUGCCAGACCGCACCACACUUGGAAUCCCGGAACUCAAGUACUUUGGUCAGGAAGGAGACUUUAGGAUUCUCAUCAUGUCGCUGCUGGGGCCGUCGCUGGAGGACCUUCACGCCAAGCUGGGACGGUUCUCACUCAAGACAACCGUGAUGCUCGCGGAUGAAAUGCUUUCACGGCUGGAGUUUAUCCACUCCGUCGGGUACGUGCACCGAGACUUAAAGCCAGACAACUACCUCUUGGGCGUGGGCAGAAACGCGCGCCACCUCUACCUGAUCGAUCUGGGACUCAGCGUGCGCUAUCGCUCCUCCAACGGCGAGCAUCGUGAGAUGGCCACAGGAAAGAGUUUUGUUGGCACCUCACGCUACGCCUCCUUGCGCACGCACAAGGGUUUCUCGCAGAGCCGCCGCGACGACAUGGAGCAGCUCUCAUAUAUUCUUAUCUACCUCUAUCGCGGGCACCUCCCGUGGUCUGGACUUCGCAUGAAGGACCGUGAAGCAAAGGAAAAGGCUAUUGGGGAGAUCAAGCAAAAGCUGACGACCGCGCAGAUCUGUUCCAGGUGUCCCGCGCAGUUUGAGGACCUGCUGGUCUACUCGCGCAAGCUGGAGUUUACGGAGAGUCCACAGUAUGAGAUGUGUCGAAUUCUCAUUGCGUCGGUCCUUGACACCAUUGGACCGAAUGUACAGCACGAUUUCCAGUAUGACUGGGUGGCCGCAAGGAAGAGAGACUCCCCUCCUCCAUCUAUUCCUAACGAGCGAAGGGCAACGGAUAACAAGGCCAACCCCAAGAAAGGAAACGAGCACGGGGAGAAGGACCCAACGAAGAUGGGUUCAAAAUUGUUGUGCUUCUUCCCUGGACUCUCUUCAAGUGCGGCGCAGGACCUUGUCUUGGUGAACGAAAAAUGA